CUGCAACGUCCCAUCGUCGUUUACCACGAGUGUAAACUUAGGAACAGUACGCGUGUAUACGUUCCGUCAGAAGGCUAACGCAGGAUGGCGGAAGCCCAUUCGGCCGUAGCAUUCAGCUUCUCAAUAACACACGAAGGAUGGGACGUAAACUUCGAUCGAGAGGUACUCCACUUGGUCUGGCUCUCUGGUGUACGAUCAUGGAAAAAAAGAUUUUUCCGGUUUCAGAACAAUCUGAAAAGCGGUGUUUAUCCGGCCUCUUUGACAAGUCUAUGGGUUACUGUAAUUUUAGUAACGGCGAUACACUUUGCUGGUUACAAGGUCCCGUAUGACCUCGUUGGGAAAGUUUCACCAUAUAUUUCUGGUUCUUCAGUACUCGCACACCUGGCAGGCUCCUUCGUAGUCGGACUAUUCCUAUGGUUGGCGGUCAUAUAUGCGAUUCGAUACACGCUGAAGCUAUUACUAUUGUAUAAAGGAUGGAUGUAUGAGGCGAGAGGCAAAGGUCGCAAGCCAUCGAAGUUGACUCAAGUCUGGCUGUUGCUAGUGAAAUUAUUUUCAGGUUGGCAUAAACCCAUGCUGUACAGCUUCCAAGGAUCAUUGCCACGAUUGCCACUUCCGACAGUAUCUGAGACUAUGGAACGGUAUCUGAAAAGCGUACGGCCGUUGCUCGAUGAUGAGAAUUACGCUCGCAUGGAAAACCUGGCCAAGGAGUUCCAGAAUGGCAUCGGAGUCAAGCUGCAGCGUUACCUGUUCCUAAAGUCUUGGUGGGCCACCAACUAUGUGUCUGAUUGGUGGGAAGAAUAUGUUUAUUUACGCGGAAGAUCACCUCUAAUGGUCAAUUCAAAUUUCUACGGGAUGGAUGCCAUUCUUACCCACUUCACGAAUUUGCAAGCCGCCCGAGCCGGAGCUGUAAUAUAUUCCUGCUUACAAUAUAGACGUCUCAUCGAACAUCAAGAUUUAGAACCUAUUUUAGUUCAAGGAUUAGUACCAUUGUGUUCUUGGCAAUAUGAAAGAGUAUUCAAUACUACACGAAUUCCAGGAACUGAAGUUGACAAAAUUGUGCAUUAUCAGGAUUCUAAACAUAUUGUAGUAUAUCAUAAGGGCAGAUAUUUCAAAGUUUUAAUUUAUUACCGAAAUAGGAUUCUUCAACCCUGUGAAAUAGAACUUCAGAUUCAACAAAUUUUGGAUGACAAUUCAACACCGUCGGAAGGAGAGGAGAAAUUAGCUGCUUUAACAGCUGGCGAAAGAACUGCUUGGGCGCAGGCCAGAAAAGAUUUUUUCGCGAAAGGUGUAAAUAAGGCUUCUUUGGAUAUUAUUGAAAAAGCGGCAUUUGUAGUCACAUUGGACGAUGUACCUUAUGAAUAUGAUACAAAACAUCCAGAAAAAUUAGAUCGUUAUGGUAGAAAUCUAUUACACGGAAAAGGAUAUGAUCGAUGGUUUGAUAAAUCUUUUACACUAUGUAUUGGAAAUAAUGGCAGAAUUGGCUUCAACGCAGAACAUUCUUGGGCAGAUGCUGCAGUCAUGUCACACUUGUGGGAGUACAUAUUAUGUUCGGAGUUCCUGAACCGACAGGCUGAUGCACCAGUGCUCGGAACUCUAUGGGAAUUUAUUAUAACUGCUGAUAUUGAAAUCGGAUAUAAAGAUGGACACAAUAUAGGCAAUCCGGAAUUUAUACCUCCAGUUCCAACUCGAUUGCAAUGGGAUUUAAAUGCCAGAUGUAUUGAAGCAAUUGAACAAUCUUAUCAGGUGGCGCACAAUAUAUUAAAUGAUGUUGAAUUACGUGUUUAUGUGCACGAUGCUUAUGGUAAAGGUUUGAUGAAAGCUCAUUCCAUAUCACCAGACGCCUAUAUACAAAUGGCGUUACAAUUGGCUUACUAUCGUGAUGCUGGCAAGUUUAAUUUAACUUAUGAGGCUUCCAUGACAAGGUUAUUCCGAGAAGGUAGAACAGAAACAGUCAGACCGUGCACUAUUGAAUCUUCUAAAUGGGUAAAAGCAAUGGAGGAUAAAACAACAAUGGUAACAGAAAAAGUCAAGUUGCUAAUGGAUGCAGCAACACAACAUCAAAGAAGUUAUCAAGAUGCUAUGUGUGGUAAAGGAAUAGAUAGGCACUUGUUCUGUUUAUAUGUAAUAUCGAAGUACUUAGAAGUAGAUUCGCCAUUUUUGCAGGAAGUUCUAAGCGAGCCAUGGAGAUUGUCGACAUCGCAAACUCCACACGGCCAAACUACAAGACUAGAUUUGAAAACAUAUCCUAAAUGUAUUUCAGCUGGUGGUGGAUUUGGUCCUGUGGCCGAUGAUGGCUAUGGAGUUUCUUAUAUAAUUGCGGGAGAAGAUCUUAUAUUUUUCCAUGUUUCCAGUAAACGAUCUUCGUCAAGAACGGAUGCCACCAAAUUUGCAAAGCAAAUCGAAAAAGCACUUGCUGAUAUGAAAGAUUUGCUAGAACAAAAAAAGAAAAUACAUCAGAAUGGAUCUGCGUAACUUAUAUAGAAUUACCUGUAGCGAUGUCGAGCAAAAUAAUUAUAAACUACGCAAUGAAGCGGAGACAAUUUUUCUUGGCUUAUGAAAGAAUUUAAUAACAUAAAUAAUUUAGUGCUUAAAUAAUUUUCUUAAGACAGAGUUUUUUCAUAAAUAAUUAUUUUAAUAGAUAAAGGUUGUAGGAAAAAAUAACGGGCCCAAAAUUCAAAAUUACAUUAUAGACA